AUGAUAGUCAGAGAGAAAGCGCUGACCAGACGACUAGAUGGUGUCACCGUCGCAAAGGCUGUCACUCUCCAGGACAAGUUCGAGAACCUCGGCGCUCGUCUGAUACAAGAUGUUGCCUCCAAGACCAACGAAGUUGCCGGUGAUGGUACGACCACCGCCACCGUUCUCGCUGGCGCCAUCUUUUCCGAGACCGUGAAGAACGUUGCGGCGGGUUGCAAUCCCAUGGAUCUGCGAAGGGGUACUCAAGCUGCCGUCGAUGCCGUUGUUGACUACCUGCAAAAGAACAAGAAGGACAUUACCACAAGUGCCGAGAUCGCACAGGUUGCAACGAUCUCUGCCAAUGGCGACACUCACGUUGGUGAACUCAUCUCGAACGCCAUGGAAAGGGUGGGCAAAGAAGGCGUCAUCACCGUCAAGGAGGGAAAGACGAUUGAGGACGAACUGGAAAUUACCGAGGGUAUGCGCUUCGACCGCGGCUUCACCUCCCCCUACUUCAUCACCGAUGCCAAGGCCCAAAAGAUCGAGUUCGAGAAGCCAUUGAUCCUGCUGUCCGAGAAGAAGAUUUCCGCUGUGCAGGACAUCAUUCCUGCUCUUGAAGCAUCCACUCAGCUCCGCCGGCCUCUUGUCAUCAUCGCCGAGGACAUUGACGGCGAGGCCUUGGCUGUGUGCAUUCUGAACAAGCUCCGGGGUCAAUUACAGGUUGCUGCAGUCAAGGCCCCCGGCUUUGGCGACAACCGUAAGAGCAUCCUUGGCGAUAUUGGUGUCCUGACCAACGCCACUGUGUUUACGGAUGAGUUGGACAUUAAGCUGGAGAAGCUUACUCCCGACAUGCUCGGCUCGACCGGCAGCAUCACCAUCACCAAGGAAGACACCAUCAUCCUGAACGGUGAGGGAAGCAAGGAUGCCAUUACUCAACGAUGCGAGCAGAUCCGCGGCGUCAUGUCCGACCCCACUACCUCCGAGUAUGAGAAGGAGAAGCUGCAAGAGCGUCUCGCGAAACUGUCGGGUGGUGUUGCGGUCAUCAAGGUCGGCGGCGCCUCCGAGGUCGAGGUAGGGGAGAAGAAGGACCGUGUCGUCGAUGCUCUCAACGCCACCCGCGCCGCCGUCGAAGAAGGUAUCCUGCCCGGUGGUGGUACCGCCUUGAUCAAGGCUGCCGCCAACGCCCUGAAGGAUAUCAAGUCUGCCAACUUCGACCAGCAGCUUGGUGUCAGCAUCAUCAAGAACGCCAUUACUCGACCCGCUCGCAAGAUCGUCGAGAAUGCCGGUUUGGAGGGUAGUGUCAUUGUGGGCAAGCUGAUGGAUGAGUUCGGCUCCGAUUUCGUCAAGGGUUUCGACUCGGCCAACGGGGAGUACGUUGACAUGAUUGCCAAGGGUAUUGUGGACCCUCUGAAGGUCGUCCGCACCGCUCUUGUGGACGCUUCCGGCGUGGCAUCUCUGCUGGGUACCACUGAAGUUGCCAUCGUCGAGGCCCCUGAGGAGAAGCCUCCUAUGCCACCGAUGGGAGGCGGCAUGGGUGGAAUGGGUAUGGGCGGAUUCUAA